AUGUACCGGAAGUAUUGCAACGAGCUGUUCAUCCGCGCCAAGGAGCCUAACCUCUUUGUAGCUCGUGUCUGCUUCAGCCGCCGGAGUGGGGGUCCUCGACGCACGCGCUGCCCUUCUCCAAAAACUCGGACGCGCGGACAUUUCCCGCUUCCUCCCCGCGAAGGCAGGCAGGCAGGUCUAGACAACAGCCGGCAUGAUCCUUCGGCACCCGGCAGCAGCCGCGGCUGCUGCGCUGGUCGCCAUCUUGGCGUGCGCGCUGGCGCCGGCCUCCGCCCAGCGGAGCGGGGCGUGGCCGCGGGCGGGGAGGGGGGCACGGAGGAGAUACAGGCGGUGGAGAAGACGAGGGCCGCUAAUGAACCUUUAGAAGAGGUAAGAAGAGGCGGCAACGUAAAAAUGACCACGAAAGCAGUCGAUGUAGCAGCAGAGGAGAAUUCCAGGAUCGACAGUUCUAGAGAUGGGUAUCGGGGAACCAAAUACGUGCGCGACGCACCGAGUGCGUGGGUUCCUCGUAACCGCAUCCCUGGAAAACGUUGGAGACGCGAGCAGGAAGGCGCUACAAAGACACGGUUUCCUCCGUGGCUGGCGGAGGUGCCUGCGACAACCACACCGCCCGCAUUGUUCGAGGCGGGCGCGCGCUCAGGUGGGCCGCCGCCGCCGCCAGGGUCGCGAGCGAGACAAAAGGCCUCGCGAGGCGGGCACGGAGCGGCCACUGCCCCGCAGGCUCGGGCCCCGCCCUGCCACGCGGCGCGCCGGGCGGGGGCCGGGGCGGGAUAUCGGGCUGUGGGUGUGGCUCGGCGCUUGGGCCGCCGCGACGGGGGACGGCCAUGCGGCAAGGCUACAUGUUUAGCCUUUGAUUUCAUUCUUGCAACUGAAGCGCGUGGGGAAUGUCGCAUGUGA